CAACCCAGCUGCAGGUGGUGGAAGCCGAGGCGCGAGUGCGAUGCAGCGGGCUGCAUCAUGUAGCAGGAGGCUACUAGGGAGAAGGACGAGGUCCUUUGAGCGUGCUUUCACUUCAUCUUCGUCCGUGCAGCUGACCAGAGACGGACGCCGAGUGGUCCUGGGGAUCGAGAGCUCCUGUGAUGAUUCAUGCGCCGCCAUCUGCGUGGCACCUACCACGUACGGCGAAGACAUCAUCUCUGCCUCGUCCGAGCGUCUCAGGAACAGCGAUGGCGAAGCCGAGUUGGUCUCGUCGAUUGUCUUGAAGCAGGAUCACAGUCUGACGUCGGGAAUUCAGCCGCUGAUCGCCGCCAAUUCGCAUGCCGCCUCCCUGCCUCACGCCAUCGUCGCUGCGCUUCGGGAGGCGAAGUCCAAGGGCUUUAUCGCGUCCAUCACCUCCCCCGUCGAGAUCGAUGCCAUUGCCGUGACCCAAGGACCAGGCAUGGGCGCGAGCCUUGCGUCCGGGCUUGGGCUUUCCAAGAUGCUCUCCGCGCUGUGGGAACGGCCACUGGUCUACACCCAUCACAUGGCCGCCCACGCUCUCACACCAUUCCUUCGGACGACGACAACCACAACUGCUCGUCCUCAUGCCCCAACGCUCGCCUUCCCGUUCCUCACCUUGCUCCUCUCAGGCGGGCACACGCUCCUCGUCCUCUGCAGAGGCCCGCGGAGCUUCAAGAUUCUCGCUACGACGAACGACGACUCGAUUGGGGACGCUUUUGACAAGGUCUCGCGAGGCUUGAAAAUUGAUGUUGAUUGGGCAAGCACCAGCCCAGGUGCGGCCUUGGAGGCCUUUGUGACGCAGAGAACGGAAGGAGGGGAGCAAGAGACCGAGGACAAGACCGCCUCUAAGAGAUGGAGCUUGCCUGUUCCACUCAAGAACAAGCCGGAGUUUUCCUACUCCGGCCUCAAAUCGGCUGUCCAGCGACAGAUCGAGGAGCUCGAAAGAGUUCACGAGGGCCAGAUUCCUGAUUCCGAUCGACGUUCGCUCGCACGCGCAUUUCAACUGGCGGCCUUUGCACAACUAGAGAGCAAGAUUCGAAUGAAUCUUUCCUCGGAAAAGCAGGGGGAGGCAAUCAAGGCGCUCGUGGUCUCGGGCGGAGUAGCUUCGAAUGAAGUGCUCCGAAAGAGGCUCAGGGGUUGUCUGGAUGACAUGGGCAGAGGCGAUGUUGAGCUCCACUUCCCACCAAUAUCACUCUGCACAGACAACGCAGCAAUGAUAGCCCACGCUGCGCUUCUAGACUAUCAAACGACAUUUGACCUGACGAGAUCGCCUCGGGCCAAGUGGAGCCUCGAGGAUCUGUAGACAUAUCAUCACAAUCUUCUCUUCAUAAGAGACUCUAUAAUAAUCGCAAUCUCUGUAGUGUACAAUUA